AAUUUGAAAAUGCUGAAACACUUUUAAUUUCUGAAGUGCAUAUGCUUCUUGAACAUCGUAAGGCACAGAAUGAAUCAGCUGAGGAAGAACAAGAAUUUUCAGAAGUUUUUAUGAAAAGUUUGACGUAUACAAAUCGUUUUAGGAAGUUUAAGAAUAAGGAAACUAUAGCCGCCGUUAGAAAUUUAUUGAGUCAAAAGAAGCUUCAUAAAUUCGAAUUGGCUUCCAUUGCCAAUUUAUGUCCGGAAACUCCAGAGGAAGCUAAGGCAUUGAUACCAAGUUUGGAAGGCCGAUUAGAAGAUGAAGAACUAAGAACUAUACUAGAUGACAUUCAAACUAAAAGAUCGCUACAGUACUAAAAUAUUUUGUAAUAAAUAAGAAAUUUAUAAAGCUAAUGCUUCA